AUGCGCUAUCCAACUUGGACGCACUCCUUAUCAGCGUACCUUUUAAUUUUUGCUUUCGGGAUACAAUCCAAAGCGCUCCCGCCCCCUUCAAAGAAUCCCUCCCCACCUGCAGCCGGAUCAGCCCUCAAGUUUAAGUCGGCUGCUGCUCAGAAAUAUGUAGUGCCCCAGAAACUUCCCUUGAUGGAUUUCUCGAUCUCCCAGACAUACGCUGGAUUGAUGAAGCUUUCCGAUAAACCUGACGAAACCGAACAGUUGUUCUUUUGGUUCGUACCGACUGAAAACCCUGCAGCGGCAAAGAACUUAGCAUUGUGGACCAACGGCGGACCUGGGUGCAGCUCUCUGCUCGGCGCCUUUCAAGAAAAUGGACCGAUAAUGUGGGAUCAGGGCAAGCCAAAAGCUGUAAAGAACCCAAAUUCCUGGUCUCAAGCCUCCAGCAUGUUAUACCUUGAGCACCCAGUCAACGUUGGAUUCAGUACUGGGAAAGCCAUCAUUAGCAAUGAAAACCAGGUCGCGGAGUACAUUUUUAAAUUUUUGACUAAUUUCCUCAAAAUUUUUCCCGAAAUGAACACUGCAAACUUUUAUCUUACCGGGGAGUCAUACGCUGGAAUGUACUUGAGUUACGCAGCCAACCUAAUUUACACAAGGCAAUCUGAAUUGGCAUUGAAGCUGCAAGGUGUACUUUUCAUUGACCCGGUCCUUGCAUCCUCUGUGUUCCAAGAGGAUCUUCCUCUAUACCCUUUUGUGAAAAUGAACGAAGAUGUCUUCAAAUUCAAUGCCACCUUUAUGAAGCAACUUGAAUCCGCUCAUAACUCAUGUGGAUAUGCCGCCUUCCUCGACAAGUUUUACAAAUACCCUGUUCCAGGACGAUUUCCCGAUAUCACAAAUGUUAACAAGGACCCGAAAUGUCAACUAUGGCGCAGGAUGGCCGAGGCAGCGCCCGACGGUCUCGACAUUUAUAAUAUUCACCACAAGGAUGGAGGUCCAGAUCCUCUCGACUCGAAACAUAAUUAUCUCAACCGGCCUGAUGUCAGAAAGGCCCUCAAUGUUGCUAGCAACGCCCCUUGGGAGAGAUGCUCCAACCAUAAGAACAUUUUCCCCAAUGGAGAUUCUUCAUCGGACCCUACAGAUAAGGUUCUGCCGGAUAUCAUUACCAAAGGCAAGAGGACCAUUGUUGCGCACGGGGUGCUCGACGGUCGACUUCCACUUCUAGGAAUGAGUGUUGGCCUACAGGGCAUGACAUGGGCAGGAAAGCAAGGAUUUCAAAAACCUAUCGAUGCGGAUUUCAUGGUUGCUGGCAAGCCACACGGAAAAUUCCGCACCGAGCGUGGUCUCACAUUUGUUCAAGUUGCGCAAGCUGGACACAUGAUCCCACACGACGCACCCGAGGCCGCCUUGUCGAUCUUCGAAUACUUGCUUGGCAACCGCCCAAGCCUUUAA